UUACUGUAGAUGAAAUAGAUAGGGAACAACUGAGGUAGUAUUUGAAACAAACUAAGACACGGGACACAUAUAUUUAAUCUAAAAAAUGAGUGGAUCACUUAUUCCAACCGUUAAUUUUGAAAAUUUUGACCCUGCAAGUUAUAUGGAGGAUUACUACGCUCAUGGAUCCUGGUUGUACAUGGAGGGAGAAGACUUGCCGUUUGCAAUGCGACAGUUGCACCACUUUUUCAGUUCACACAAUAUCGGGGGUACGAGACUACUAGAUGUAGGAACAGGUCCAACUGUACAUAGCAUCAUCAGUGCAGCCCCACACGUGGAGAACAUCGACUUGUCGGAUUACGCUGAGAAAAACCGGAAGUAUCUUCAGGCUUGGUGGAAAAAUGGGCAAGAUUACACACCGGAAUUCAUCAAAUUCGUCGUUGAUCUUGAGAAGUCUGGGCAAACACCUGAUGAAAGACAAUCAGAGAUGCGGUCAAAGGUCAAGAAUAUUUUUCCGAUCGACGUUACAAAACAAAGCUUACUUGGAACACCACCAUCACAAACCUAUGACAUCAUCAUUGCAAGCCUUUGCUUUGAAGCUGCAUCCCGAAAUUUAACAGACUACGAAAAUUGUGUGAAAAACGUCAGCUCUGUUUUGAGAAAUGGCGGACACUUGAUAGUAUGCGGGGAGUUAGAUGCAACAUUUUAUAAAGUAGGCGAUUUCAGGUUUCCAUCGGUUACAAUAAGCAAGGAACAAGCAAAAAAGAUUUAUAAUGAACAAGGGUUUGAUAUAGUUGAGUUCAAUGACUUGGUGCCUCCCCAUCCCGGCGAGGAUCCCUCGUCAGACUUCCAUAGUAUGUUUAUGAUGUUAGCGAAGAAAAGGUGAUUACUACUUUCUGUAGUAUUCGCUUUCAUAACUAAGAUAUAAACAGUUUUUGUUUUAAUUUUAGCUUGCCAGACGCUCUUCCAUCCUUGACCUAACUUUAUCGCAUGUGUUAAAGAAACCCACGUAAGAACGUUUUCUGAGCAUUCCUGAUCAAACUAUUAUAUGUUUAACGCAAUCCUAGAUAUACACACUUCUCUAUCCUUGCAAACACUUUAAGUGCUUGGAAUUUAAAUGAACUUAAUAGUCAGGAAAUAUCAUAACUGCAAUGGAUUUGGAUGAUAAACACACAAAACAUGUCAUCUUUCACAGAACUAAGGGACAUGGCGUCCACCAAAAUCAUGAACAAACGUCCUCUUUAUGUCUUGACACAAUUAACAAAUCUCUUAUAUACAUCCAAACCUCUGUUUUCAAAUUGUUUUAAUUCAUGAAAUCUAACCAUUUCAACACGAUAUUUGAGAUAUCCAACUUUAAGAAAUAUAGUCAAAGCUAAGAAUAUCAUGGAAUAAAACAGAUAUCACACACGUUAGUUUGUUAUAAUUUCCUAGAAUUGACAGAAACCGUGAGGGCGCCAUGUGCGGUGCUGUAGACGUUAACCGUCCCGGAAGUCCAGGUAUCGCCCUCGGCUUGUACUGUUGAAGUUAUGAUGCGGAUUAUAUUGUACGGGUGUCAUUUCCAUUCUUACUUGCUUUCGUAUCACAUUGAGUUUCCCUUUUGUGUAGUAUAGAGCGUUUCGAUCUUUUUACAUUACAAAACAAUACAAUGUUACAAUGUUAUUUUUUAUAUAUCAAAAUAUAGACUUUAAAUGAUCAAUACAUCUAUGUUGCUUAAUUUUCGUAUUUCUAGAACAAGGACACAAACUGGUUUAAAAACAUUUAACAGACUAAGGCAAGUAUGAUAGCCGUCCCUUAUUCGGGCUCUCAACUGCAAUUCUUAAUUAUAAAUUUUGUCUUAUUUUUCAUCUGAAAAACUGAAAUAUAUUUCUUUUCUACUCUCCUGAGGCGUUUAAAGCCGGGUUUUAAUUUGUAAUAUCAUUCCAUUUUUUUCUCUCAAAAAUGAUUAAAUAUUCAGAAGAAAGCCUGUAGUGCUUAACUAUGUUACUGCCAUCACUAGGCCUUCGCCACUGGAUCGCGGGUCUAGGCCUACGUGGGGCAGUUGCCAGGUACUGACCGUAGGUCGGUGGAUUUUCUCCGGGAACUCCGGCUUUCCUCC